AUGAACACAAAACGGCCGGGCGAGGGAGGGGAAGGGAACCCGUUGACCCCAAGGUGGAUAGCCUUUGCGUGGGUCACUGCGAUGGCGGCGGGUGCAGGCAGCGAGGUUUGGCAAAGAGCUCUCUCCCAACUACAGGCGAAGUCGUGGGACGUUGCUCGGGUUCCGACGGCGCGUCAUUGGCUUGAGUUUUUUUAUUCCUGCACCACCACCCUCUCCGCGGCAAGGACCCCACAGAACCUAACACGCCACUGGACGCCGCCAUUACCAAAGUCGGUGCGCCUAUUCGUAGCCGAAUGUCUCGUGGACGCGGCGCGGUUGGCCCGUUUGCAGCAGAUCUUGUCAGCAUCGUCGGCAGGUAUUUGCGGUGGCGCACAUGCCGGGAAGGGGGAGGGGCAGCGGGGCAGUAGGGAUGAAGCGGUGGCCUCCCUUUCCGCUGUUGGCGCGGCGGAGGAUGUCACUGGUGUCUUCCUCACCGCUUCGGCUCCGUCGGAAAUGGUGGAACUUUUGUCGCACUGGUGCGCCGCAGACGAUGCGCCACGCGACGUUGAGCAGCUGGUGGGUUGGUUGCGGGAGGCGGCAGCGCUCAUGCGCUUCUUCACGCCUCUCAGCGUCCCCCACUCCGAGGCGCAGACGCCGCCACGGCGGAGACUGUACCUCACAUACCCAGAGUCGCUUCGCGUCUUGCAUCACGGGCUGUGUACAGUCCUUUUACGUCCUCAGGCGACCAAGGUGGAGCAUGCGUCGACCGACGUUGCCGCUGAUGAGGAAGGAGCGCUGCUUGCAAUAUGGCUGCUGCAGAACUCAUGGCCUAGCGGUGCGGAUCUGUCACCCGUCAGCACUUCCACACCCUCCUCUUCCCACAACCGUGUUGACGGCAGUGGCCACAAGGAGUACGAUGAUGUCAGCAACGCGCUGCAGGAGACACAGAUGCUGCUUGCCUCGCGCAAAGUGACCCAGGCGUGGUUGCUGCACCUUCCAGUGUUUCUUCGUCAUGGUCGUGGCAACGCUCAGGGUGGCGGCGAUGGGGUGAAAAAGGAGGGUGCGCAGUUUAUUAUGGACAAGCUGCGGUGUAGCUUUGUUUGCAGACUCGCCAGCGAGUUACUUCCUUCGACGUCGUCUGCAGGUUCUCCGAAUGUGUGUGUGCCAUUUGUUGACAGGCUUGCCCUUGUGGAUGAGGCAGCGGUGCAUGCGAUGCAUGAGCAGCUCAGCUCCAUUGCGACUGGUGAUGGCGGGGGAUGA